ACACAGCAUGAGUCGGAAGAGGGAAAAACCCUAUUUCUCCCGCCACACGCCGUACAACUUUCCUAAACGCCGCCGCCCUCUCCCUUCCGAUCCGGCAAUUGACGAUGACUACUUUCCCGACCAACCAACAUCCUCCGGUGACACCAACACCGUAGUUAUCGUCGCUGGCCUUUCCUCUGACUGCUCCGUCCUGGAUGUCAAGUCCAGAUUCGAAAUCUACGGAUCGAUUUCUCGUACACGCAUGGAUUCCGGUGGUUUCGCCUACAUCACCUUCCGUUCUAGGGACUCUGCUGAGUCUGCCAUCGCCGCGUCACUUGAUCCGUCAUUCGGCAUCACCCUCAAUUCUACUAGAGUACAAGUGACGUGGGCAAAUGAUCCAGUGCCACAAUGGAGGGAAGGGGUUAAGAAGAAGGAAGCUUCUUCAUCAUCGAAGCUAUUGAAACCAGAGUUGCCUCUUAGCAGACAUGGAAGAGGGAACAAGCUCGGAUCAGCAAUUGUAAACUACAGAGAUGAAAAGAAUGAUGGUAACACAACCAUCAACAAUGAGAAGAAUGGUGGAAGAAAAGGUUUGAAUGUGCCAUCCAGAGGUCGGGAAAUUAUCGCUUAUGAUGAUAUUUUGUGACUUAGAAGAGUUCAAGUUCAAGUUCCAAAUUUCCAAUUGAAAGCAUAAUGAUUUGCUGCUAAGAUGAUUUGUACAUCAAGUGGUAAACUUGUAUAUUGCUCUUGAUUUGAAGAUUAUUGGUUUUAGGGUAAUACAAGAAGAAACAAUAGGGGUUUCUUGUGGAUUGUCUCCAACUGUAACAUCAUUGAUAAUUUGAUAGUAAUUUGUAAUGGUACUUGUGGGGUUUUGAUUUUUGAGUCUUCUUGACUGUUUUUAUUGACGAUUGUAGUUGUAUUAUGUUGCAAUAAUUAGUUGGAUUGGGGGAUGGCCAUAUCUUGGU